CAACAUCGCGAAACCGGCGGAUGGAGGGAGACAAAACUAGUGUGCGAGUGCUGAAUGUUGACAUUCAACAUGGCGGCAUGUCGUCAGUGCUGUGCUGUGUCGUGCUUGUGUAAUUGUUAGUUUAGGACAUUUUUGAAACAACGUUCAUUACAAAUUCAACUUUUCAAAGCCGAAGAACAAGGAAACGACAAUAUAGGAAUUACUGAAACGACACAACCACACUCAGCACACAUUGAAGACAUCUGAGGAUUUUUAAGUCAACAACAGUUAUCCUUUAAAAUCUUUUAAAGUUUCUGAUUUGUACACCUUUUAUAAGGGAUGACUGAUGUCUGAACAAAAACGUAGUUUUUCUCAUCUCUCUGUUUCUCUGUUAUGCCUUGAUUAUCUGCAAUUUUAAAGAGAUCGUAUCAAAACGGAGUUGUUGGGCAUACGGUUGCCUUCUAAUGAAACAAUCUCGUAUGCAUGCAAAUGGAAAGUAUCAUCGUUGGCACACAUGAAUAUUGUGCUGAUAAUUUUAUACGCUCUUAGGAAAUUGGUAAUAUACGAUAAGAACAAAUUCAAUAGAGCUAGCUUUAUUGAAUUGAUACUAUCACACGUUCAAAUAUAACAUAUUGCAAAACUGUUGCGGGGGCUGGAGCAAAAACGUAUACGUAUAAUCGCGUUUGCAGCAUUGCGGAAAGUGCCAACAAGUCACAAGUCGCUGGCCUUGAAGAUCGGUGCUUUUUCAAUGAAUGGUAUCGAUGAUACGUAAAAAAUAUGAAAUAGCUACCAAAUAGCAGCGACAAGAUCAUCGCCUUUCUUCCAACUUCCCAAACGGAAAAAGAGGAAGGUAACAAAAGUUCUUUGGCGGCAUUUCAAGGAGCCUUUCUUCCUCUUUGUCAAGUUCUCGUAAAGUCGUAAAUAAUAAAUAAACGAAGAUAUAAGGUACCAAGAACCAUUCUGUGAUAUCUAUGUUAACACUUAAAUAAUUGAAAAGACUAAAAUUUCUAAGUAUAAGUAUAUAAUAUCGUGGGUGGCUGACAAAGCCAUCGACACACUAAGGGCAGCAGAAUAAGCUCGACUGAUCAUUUCCAUCACCUGCAACGAGAAGACAAAGAGACAGAUAAACAAAAAAUACAAGAGAGAGAGAGAGGGGUAGUAAUAUAAGCUUAAAAAAUACUAAAGAAUUUGAGACAUGUCCAACAAUCCUCAGUGGAAAACCUUCCAGCCGCCAAUCAUGAACUCUGACCCAGCGAUAUUAGAGUACAAGUCCAUGGCCAUUCCAAGUCCUAAAGUCAUCAGUGGCACCCAUCAAGCAAAUAACAGUUAUAGAAAUGGCACCAACUACAGCGGUGACUACAUGGACUCGCCUCCUGCUUGUGGAAAGAAUUCUACAACGUUCAAUAAUUAUUCAGGCGCACAAACUUCUCCUCGCAACGGUACAGCGAGGUUUCCCAUUAGUACAUUUACUGGUUUAGAAGGAAUUGUGAAUAAUUCAGGCGAGCCAGUGACUACAAAUAAUUCUUCUUACCAAUCAGAUCAGUCCACAAAUCAGGGCACACGUGAAACUGGAAUCAUUGAAAAGCUUUUGCACUCGUAUGGAUUUAUUCAAUGCUGUGAAAGACAAGCAAGGUUGUUCUUUCACUUCAGCCAAUUCAGCGGUAACAUUGAGCACCUGAAAAUUGGAGAUCCCGUAGAAUUUGAAAUGACGUACGAUCGUCGAACUGGUAAACCAAUAGCGAGUACCGUCAGUAAAAUCUCACCUGAAGUGGUUUUGAGUGAAGAACGAGUCACGGGUAACGUAACAACAGAAUUGCAGGCAAAUGGUGAUUCUCAGGGUCGAAUCAGUUACGAGAAUAGGGGCGAAUGUUUUUUUCUACCGUAUACCAAAGACGAUGUCGAGGGGAAUGUAACCCUGCGUAACGGCGAUAAAGUAUCAUUUACAAUUGCUACAAAUCAUCGUGGAAACUUAGGAGCUUGCCACGUCAGAUUAGAGAACCCAGCCCAUCCUGUCCGUUAUCGUGGGGUCGUAUGUUCAAUGAAAGAAAGUUUUGGAUUUAUCGAGCGAGCCGAUGUUGUUAAAGAAAUAUUCUUCCACUUUAGUGAAGCAAAGUCUAUGAAAGAUGAACUGAGGCUUGGCGAUGAUGUUGAAUUUAUCAUACAAACUAGAAACGGCAAAGAAGUAGCGUGUAAUAUAACAAAGUUGCCACCAGGAUCUAUUAUUUUCGAGGAAAUCAGCGACGAAGUUAUUAAAGGACAAGUUUUGAAACCACUUGAAAGGGGUAAUUCAGCUAGACACCAAAAUGAUCCGCUACCAGGCCGCAUUCGUUAUAGAGCACCUGAUCACUCGGAAGUUGAAGUGCCUUUUGGUGACAAAGAUCAAAAGGGUGAUUUUACCUUGAAACACGGAGAUUGGGUUCAGUUUAGAAUUGCAACAGAUACUAGAGAUCAAUUAAAGAGAGCCACGGAAAUUUCUUUAUUGCCUGAAUCAUUUGAGGUAUCCGGUGAGCGACGCGAACAGGGUAUUAUCGCUUCCUUAAAGGAUGGUUUUGGCUUUAUUCGUUGUGUUGAUCGCGAUGCUAGGCUCUUCUUUCAUUUUAAUGAGGUGCUAGACGUUGAUAGAGAAAUAAGCGUUGGUGAUGAAGUAGAAUUCACGGUUAUACAGGACCCUUCUUCAUCAUUUUCGAACACGAGACAAAGCGGAAUUCGAUUGAAGCACUUGCCAACCGGAAGUGUUCAGUUUGAAACUAUUAUAGAAUCUGAUGUUCUGGGAAAAGUAAUCGAAGACACCAAUGGUAACGACCCUGGACUAAUAGCCUACCUCAAAGACGAUUUAGAACAAAACAUUAUUUUCUUUACAAAAGAUUGUAAAUCUAAAAAUGUUCCGAGAAUGAAUGACAAAGUACAGUUCAGUAUCUGCCAAGUAAAACGAAAUAAAGAACUCGUUGCUGUAGAUAUUUCUCUCCUGACUCCCAGUGGAGAAAAGGUUCAAAAUCAUAAUGGCAACAAAAAAUCAGCUGGCACUGGACAAUUGAUUCAAGGCUUUAUCGCGGCUCUGAAGGACGGCUUUGGUUUUAUUGAAACAAUAAAUCAUGAUAAAGAAAUAUUUUUUCACUAUAGUAAUUUUGACGGAGAUGCAAGCACUUUGGAAUUGGGCGCCGACGUUGAGUGCAACAUAAGUACGGGCAACAAUCGUGGUGGGGCCGGGGGCUGUACGGCCGCAGAGUCGGUGCGACUGCUAGAGAAAGGUAGCAUCCCGCGACCGAGCGUCAAUGCUGAGGUCCUGGACGGAACCGUAAUCCGUCCGCUGCGCAGCGCAAACCCCGAUCAGGUGGAGUAUGCUGGCCUGAUCAAGGUCAAUCCAACGACAGAAGACGAGGAGACACCUGAAUACGAGUUCGGCAUUAUGGGCCUAGGGAACAAGCGCGAGCUCCUGCAGACUGGCGAUCCCGUGCAAUUCCAGGUGGACUCGGACAAUCAUGCCACCAAUAUCGUCGCCGUGAGGAAAAAGCGCCGAGCCACAGUCGACGCGGUCAAAGGCCCCUUCGGGUUCCUCGCCUACGAGGUCGAUGAGGGCAAGAAGCUCUUUUUCCACAUGAGCGAAGUCUGCGAUGACGCCAAGCUGAAGCCUGGCGAUCAAGUUGAGUUCGUGCUGGUUACCAAUCAGCGUUCUGGAAAGUCUUCGGCAUGUAACGUCGUUCGUUUGAGUGAGGCAGUGAUGCAACGGCCAGAAAGAUUGAUCAGUCGGCUGCGCACCGUUUCUUUAGAAGACUCUGGACCGAAGUUAACCGUAGUCAGGCAGCCCAAGGGUCCGGACGGGACUCGCGGCUUUAGUCAAGAGAGGAUGCAGCGCAUACCAGGUGCCAUCGCAGAAUAAUGUUAACCGUUGUACCUAACGAGUGAGGAUGGAGGGAAAGAAGACAUAACCUCGGAUUGCAAACCUACUUUACCUAUAUUUUCGUCCAUGCACGCGUCGACGCCGAGAUUAUUGUAAUAAAUAAUUAUUAUUAUUAUUAUUAAUAUUAUUAUCAUUAUAAUUUUAUUAUUAGGUGAAAGAAACGCGAAACUAAGAACAUUUGCCAAAUCUAAGACACUUUAUUGUAACAAAUACAAAAUAUUGUGUAACGACAACGCGCAUAGUCGGCGGCGACGAAUUGGACAACGAGUCUAUAUUUUUUUUAUUUUUAUUCGAGGGAAGAGUGUUUUAUCUUCUCAUCGUACAUACAAAAAACAGAGAUAAACAAAAUAAACACACGCAAACACUAGUUAUUAAAUUAAUUGAAAUCGUGGAAGGAGAUCGCCAAACAUUGUUAAUUAUUUGUGAAAUUGUCAUACGUAGGCUCAUUUUUUGAAGAUUUCGGAAGCGAUUUAGUGUUUUAAGUCAGAAAAAAAUGAAUGGAAAAUAGGAACAAAAACGGACAGCGUGCAGCAGGAAAUAUGCGGGUACACGUUAGAAAGAAAAAAAAAUAACGAGAGUACCAUCAAAAGAGUAACGAAGAAAAGUGUAGGCACGGGCUUUAGCGUUCAAAAAAAUAUAAAAAAAAGUAUAAAAAAGGGCAGGUCGCACUGCUGUCGUCUGUUUGUAAUUUUUGCGACAAUGAAACUUGUCCUGUCUGUCUUUAUAAAAAUAUACGUACAUGUUGAUACUAUUUUUUACGUUAUGAUUUCUUCGAACCGUACUUUUUUUUCUACCCAAGAAAAGCGAGUUCUGAAGAAUGACAAAUAAUUUAAAAAAAAAAAAUAAUAAUAAUAAAUCGAGCGUUGCCAACGCGCGCUCGCGUAAAGAAGCGCUAAGAAAUCAAAUGAAACUUCGAAUAUAAUAACGGAACAAACGAAAGAGGUGUCGGGAGAAGUAGAAUCUCUAUACGCAUAUGUGUCGGCGACGAUUUUGUCGACGUGUGAUGUCUAAAAAACGAAACUUGUAAAAAAGACAUUACGCCGGGCAGCAACUGGUCCGAGAGAGUAUAUUAAGAGAAAAAGAUGAGAAUUUAAAUAAAAGCCUGGGGUGCGCGUGCGUGUAUGAGCAUUUUUUCAGUCAGACUGUUGUUACGAAACUUAAGCAAAACUAUACACAAGACGACAACCAGUCGCAAGCGAAAAUCCUUCGAAACGCUCGUACGCGCACCUGCACGAGUCUGUCGUUAAGUUCCUGAUGCAAUGUCGUGUUGUAAAAUCAAAUUAGAGUUAUACAAACCUUUCCGUUGAAAUCUUUAAUUUGACAACCAAACUAGAAAGAAAAAGCGUAAGAGGAAACGUCGUGAGAAAGUAACGAAAGACGCAAAGUCUACUCGAAGUAAAAAAAAAAACGAAUAAUAAUGAGAGUAGAGGAUCAUGCUGAAUGAUUGCAUUUUGAUCUGAAAUCUUACCAUCGUUUGUCGGCGACUAUUGUAAAGGAUGAGAAAAAAAGCACAUGAAUAUAUAAAAACACAAAAACAAGGGGGAGGGGGGACAAACCGAGCGUAAACGAUGGUAGAAUUUCUGUAUAAUCUCGAACGAAAAUAGCGUAAACGGGAGACACAAACGAGGCGAAUGUAUGACAUUGCAAAUUGUAAAAACAACAAAAACAAGCACACUCGCGAAAAAUGAAGUUUAGCGCUUGUUAUCAUCUUGUGCCCCAUAGAUUCGAAGAGAAAAACAAAAAAAAAACAAAAAAAAUACAUCGUACCAUAACAUACUGUAAAUCCUCCUUUGGUGAAUAAACAUUGGAAGCAUCAGAAUGAACAAGAUAAAA